AUGGUCUCUGAUGACGAGAUUCUUGAGGGAUACCGUCUGCUGGCAUCGCAGGAGGGAAUUUUCUGUGAGCCCGCGUCGGCCGCAUCCUUUGCCGGACUGGUCAAGCUCCAUAAGCAAGGUCUUGACCUGUCCAACCAAAGGGUGGUCUGCAUCUUUACGGGCACCGGCCUGAAAGAUCCAGACCUGGCGGUCAGCAGCGUUGCCCCGCAAACCAUCGUGGUAGAACCGACCCUCGAGGCGGUAGAAGCGGUUGCCCUGACUUAG